AUGGAGCCAGUCAAUUAUACACAAAUUUCAGCAUUUCUUCUUCUGGGAUUUUCCAAUGAGCCAGAACUGCAGUGCCCCAUAUUUGGGCUUUUCCUCUCCAUGUACUUGACCACUGUGUUUGGAAACCUGCCCAUUAUCCUGGCUGUUGGUUCUGACUCUCACCUCCAUACACCCAUGUACUUCUUCCUGGUCAACUUGUCCUUUGUAGAUAUCUGUUUCACCUCCACCACCAUCCCCAAGAUGCUAUGGAACAUUCAGACUCAGAGCAAAGCAAUCACCUAUGCAGGCUGCAUUACUCAGAUGUACUUUUUCUCACUCUUUGUGGUGUUGGAUGUCCUCCUCUUGAGUAUGAUGGCCUAUGACCGCUUUGUGGCCAUUUGUCACGCCCUGCACUACAUGGUCAUCAUGAACCCCUUGCUCUGUGGACUGCUGUUAUUUCUGUCCUGGAUCAUCAGUGUCUUGCACUCCUUGUUACACACUUCCAUGGUGUUGCAGCUGUCCUUCUGUACAGAGGGGGAAAUCCCCCACUUUUUCUGUGAACUCAAUCAGAUGAUCCAACUUGCUUGUUCUGACACCUUUCUCAAUAACAUGGUGAUGUACAUUGCAGCUAUGUUGCUGGCUGGUGGUCCCUUUUUUGUCCUUUACUCUUACUCUAAGAUUGUUUCCUCCAUAUGUGCAAUAUCAUCAGCUCAUGGCAAGUAUAAAGCAUUUUCCACCUGUACAUCUCACAUCUCAGUUGUCUCCUUAUUUUAUGGUACAAGCCUAGGAGUGUACCUUAGCUCUGCUGCUACUCAGAGCUCCCAUGCAAGUACAGUAGCCUCAGUGAUGUAUACUGUGGUCACACCCAUGCUGAACCCCUUCAUCUACAGCCUGAGGAACAAAGACAUAAAGGAGGCUCUGAUGAGAUUCUCUGGGAUGGCAGCUCUAAAAGGGACAAUUGUCCUGGGGCUGAAGAAGUGCCCAUGA